CCCAGAUCAAAUUAGCUUAGCUCGACUGGAGCAGCUUAAGGUCCUCCGUGUUUGCAGUCAACAAAACAGACGUGUUACAUAAACAUUGUGCUGUUGGAAUAUGUCGGGAAGUGACAAUGAUUCGGUUGACAUGACCAGACCAGGCUCCCCAGUUCAUCACAAAAAAAAACACAACAUGGAGUCAUCCAGGUCUCCCCGGAGCUCCAGACAUCACCAUUCAAGGUCAAGGUCACGCUCCAGGGAACGAAAACGAGACAGAAAAAACAGACGGAGUCGUAGCAGGAGUAAAGAGGCUCGAAAGAGGGACUCGGAGAAACCAUCAAAAUCGCACAGAAAAACAGACGAGCAGCAAGAGGCAGAGAGACUUUCAGCAGAGGAUGGAGACGAGCGAUCCAGACGCAAAGACAGGAAACCCUCCAAGGGCCGCAGCGCCUCCAAGUCACACUCACGAGAGAGACGGCCUCACAGUAAAAGUAAGGACAAACGGCGAUCACGAUCACGUAGCCGCGACAGGAAGAAGAAGGCGGCGAAGUCUCGCUCGGGUUCAAGGACCAAACACCGCCAUCACAGCAGAAGUCGCAGUAAAAGCAGGGAGCGAAAGAAAAGGAGUGAGAAAGUGCUAAAAAAGAGUCGAAGCAGGUCUGUUAAUCCACCUGCCUUCCGGGGCCGAAACCCAGCUAUGGAUGCACAAGAGGCCCUGGCCAGAAGGCUGGAGAGAGCAAAGAAACUGCAGGAGCAGAAGGAGAAGGAGAUGCUGGAGCAGCAACAGCAGGAGAUAGCUACAGUGACCGCCCCUAUCACGGCGACGGCUGCUGCUGUGAGCACAUCGAACCCUGCGCUCAAUGUGGCCGCCCUGCUAGCCUCUGGGACCCAGGUCACGCCACAGAUAGCCAUGGCGGCACAGAUGGCAGCCCUUCAAGCGAAAACACUGGCAGAGACGGGCAUCGCGGUGCCCAGCUUCUAUAACCCAUCCGCUGUAAACCCCAUGAAGUUUGCAGAGCAGGAGAAAAAGCGGAAGAUGCUAUGGCAGGGAAAGAAGGAGGGGGACAAAUCCCAGACAGCUGAGUUGUGGGAAAAGCUCAACUUUGGAAACAAGAACCAAAAUGUUAAAUUCCGCAAACUAAUGGGAAUAAAAGGAGAGGAUGAAGUGGAACCCGAAGUCGCCCAACCGCUCAACGAAGAAGGCUUGAAGACUCUUCAGAAGCAGGAGGAGAUGUUCAGAAACCUGGACGUUCAGUACGAGAUGGCUCGCUCUCAGACGCACACUCAGAGGGGGAUGGGGCUCGGCUUCGGCUCCUCAUUCUCCCGUGGGAUGGACUCCAUCUAGUGCCAGACAUUUGCCCCGCAUCUGAUCACACGGGACCACCAAUUCAUCGCUAGCCCUCAAGCUUGCAUGGAUGUCGCUAUGAAUCUGUAAUUUAUUUAUAGACAAACAUCUCACAUAUUGGAACAUUAUAAUGUAAAUAGGCAGAUGCUGAGUAUGUCUCACUGUGUAUUAAUCUGUAUUGUAAUCUUUGCAAAAGGAUGCAUCAGCUUGACUAGUUGAUACUGGUUAAGAUUAGAUAUGUUAUUUGUUUGAAAAUGUGGUAGUUUUUUUUUAACUCAUAUUUGUGAUUGUUUGAACAUAUACAAAAUAUAAUAUGGCUCAAGUAAACACAUUUUACCCCAAUUUAGCAAAAAGGCGUCUGAAGUCAGUGUAGCAUUAUCAAAAUCUCUCAGAUUUAAUUUUCCUGAUUGGGAAAAACACAGCAUUGGAUUUUAUUACAUAUUGUACUCAGUAUUGCCAUGGAUAAAGAUGCUUGACAACAGAAAUCACAUAUUUCAUAUGCUCCUGAAAUAAAUUAGUUUUGUGUUGAA